UGAGCGAGCCGCAGAGUUCGCUGUGGGCGGGACUUCCUUCUGAAGGCUUUUUGAAACUUCAGGGCAGCUCGGCACAAAAGUUUAGCUCGUAGGUCCGGACUCGAGUGGACGUUCAUGUGCGCCUCGUCAGGAAAGAGCGCGUGAGAACGAAAGAAAUAAGCCUGGAAAUGGAGUGGAGAGAACACUCGGAUGUCAGCUGCGAUGUGGCUUUUGUGGAGGCACAGAGAUGGCUCGAGGAAGUCACAAGGAGAACGUUUGGUAACAAUGAUUUUCGAGCAGCAUUGGAAGAUGGAGUAUUAUUGUGCGAGUUGGUAAAUAAGAUUAAGCCAGGUACAAUAAAGAAGGUGAAUAGGUUGUCAACCCCAAUUGCCGGAUUGGACAACAUUAAUGUGUUCUUGAAAGCUUGUGGGAAGUUGGGAUUAAAAGAAGCUCAGUUAUUUCAUCCAGGAGACCUUCAAGAUUUAUCUACCCGCGUCACUAUUAAGCAAGAGGAAAAUAGCAGACGUUUAAAGAAUGUUUUGAUUACCAUUUACUGGCUGGGUCGAAAAGCACAGAUUGAUCCAGUUUAUAAUGGACCUUACCUAAACUUGAAGUCUUUUGAAGGAUUGCUAGGUACUGCUUUAUCAAAGGCUCUAGAGGAUUCUGGCAGUCUAAAAAGAAGUGGUAGAGACAGUGGAUACGGAGACAGUUGGUAUUCUGACAAAGGAGAGGCACUUACACUCCCAACUGGCCAUAGAAGGGACGAUUCAUUAGAUAGCUUGGACUCUUUUGGAUCCAGAUCUCUAAGUAUUUCUUCAGACGCAACACUCAAAGGUGGCAGUGAGGGGUGUGGAAGUGACCUGGAGUUUGAUUCUCCUUUUAGAAUGAUGGAUAACAAAGAUGAUAUGCUCUACCGACGAGUGGGGCUGGCUGAGCCAAAGAGCACAACACCUUUCAAUCAGUUUCUGCCUGGUAAAAACAAAACCACUGUUUACGUACCAGCACCACUGAGGAAAAAACGACUUGAAAGAAAUGAAGACAAUAGGAGAAGCUGGGCUAGUCCUAUGUAUACAGAGCCAGAUGGAUCAUUUUCAAGCCUUCCUUUGAAAAAUCUACAUUAUGAUCCUGAAAGUGGAAGCAGCUUGGAAGAAGAGGGGCAGACUGAGCCAAAUGUCUUUUUAGAUGAUUUGGCCUGUUAUCAGUUCCAAAUGAAGAAAUAUUCUAGUUCUGCCAAGUGUGCAGUGCCUUUGCAAACAUCUGGUGAAGACUAUCCAUGGUCUAGAACACACUGUCAGGAUGGCACAGAGCUCUUGUCUGACAGUCCAUAUGUGCAACACUACACUUUGAGUGACCACUCACAUGCAUAUUUAGUAAAAUCACCUGCCAUAGUGGCAAGACUUGAUCCCACUUCUGGUCCUAGAGUUGUAAAGUGCCACCAGUUCUCCUUCCUGUUUUCUGAAAAUUUACCAGAUGAAGAAUAUCAUUCUGAAAUUUUUCCAGACCUUGAAAAUGAUGACAUGUUUGUCCGUAGAACACGGUUAUUCCACACCAAUGUGGAUCUUGUGUGCUCUGCUGGUAACAGGGGAGGUAAUGCUGAACUCCUGGGACCGGAAAGCAAGAUAAUACUGCAGCAACAUUAUGGGAAAUCAUUAAUUCCAGAUUUGUGGAAGGAUGACAUGGCCUUUCGUAAAGUCAAUCGUGGCUCAUAUAAACAGAAAGCCCAGCUGUCUGAUACACCGGAGUCUUACCAUGCUGUCUAUAUUGUGGAACCCUGGAACCUACCUCCUAGUUUACAGUCUAAGCUUUUGUGUAAGCCACACAUACCAUUAUGUGAUGACAGAAAAGAUGAUGGUUUUCAACAGGAACAUUUGAAAAAUUCCUAUAGAACCCCUAAUCAAGCAACAUCGUACUCUUCAAAAAAGAUAUCAAAUGUUCUUUCUUGUAAUGAAGCUGACCUUCAAAAGUGGGAAGCAAUUCGUGAAGCCAGCAGGGAACGAUUCAAAAAGAGGAGGAUGGUGGAGAGACUACUACAAAGGUAUUCUGAAUACAAUGGGAGUAAAUCUCUGAAUGAUGUGACGGAGGAAAUGCCUGUUGUUGCUGAAAUUCAGUAUGAAGAUAUUCAGAAAGUGAAACAAAAAAUUCAAGAACAGGAGCAAAAAUGGCAGGAUGAUUUAAGCAAGUGGAAAAGCCGUCGCAAGAGCUUCAAUUCUGACCUUGUAAAAAAGAAAGAAGAGAGGGACCUGAUUGAACAGAUUGCUUCUGCUGAUAUAUCAAGACGAGUGAAAACCUUCAGAGAGAUGCAACUAGAAAGAGAAAACCGGGAUCAGAGGGUUCAGAUCAAUGACAAACAAACGGCAGACAACAAGAGCCUCCAUUCAUCGAGUGAAGAUGUAUUUGCUGAUGAGAAGCCCCCUUCAAGAAGACUACCUGAGAGAAGUUACACUGUGGAAGUGGAUACACCAUACUCUAAAAGUAGGGAGAUGCUGUCUAAACCUGUCUCUUGGACACCAGUGGACAAGAAGUCAAGCAGCACUCUAAAUUCCAUUACAAUUCCAAACAAUUCAGUGCUCACCAAGGCUAACCAAAAAACUGCAGAAUAUAAGCAAGCAUCUGGGAGUCUGCACGAAGAACAGAGCUCUCUUUCUUUGUAUACACAAAGUUCAAUGGAUAUAAAACCAGGAGCAGCUCGGGUUUCAGCCUCUCUUCCCCGAAGUUACCAGAGAUCUGAUAACUCACGAAUAACCUCUGUAGUUGCUCCGCGACCUUUUGGGACGCAGUCAAGUAAAAUUUCAUCACUUCCCAGGUCUUUCACAAUGGAUGAGACACAAAAGCACAAUGGGGAUACAAACAGUUUCUCUAACAAGUCAAGUAGUAUCAACAGAUACAGCCAGUUUUUAAGACCAGAAGAGGACAGCCAUUCUCAGUCUAGUCCUGCUCUGAGUAGUACAGAGGAGGAGGAAGAAGAGGAAGAGAAGAAGGAAGAACAUGAGGAAGGGGUGGAAAAGUAUCAGCCUCCAAAACAGAUAAAUCCUCCACAGCCUAUAGUCCAAGAAGCAAAAACUUCUGUCGUUGAGGCAAAGAAUGGCAUUACUUCCAGCUUCACAGAAAACCAGACAAUUAUCAACACUGUUAAGCUGCCUGAAUCCAAGGUUAACUCACAGGAACAGUAUAGUGAUAUGAGGAUUAUUUUGAAUCAGAAACCCAGCAGUGGUAGAGACUUUGGUUUUACAACCAUCUGGGAAGGUUCCAGUUCCAUUGUAAAGGCAGUAGAGCAAGGCAAUCCUGCAGAACUUUGCCAUCUUCAGGUAGAUGAUGAAAUUCUCACUGUAAAUGGAAUAAAGGUGUCUAAUAUGGACCUUAACCAGUGGACAGACACCAUGGACAAAGCUGUAAGAAAUGGAAACCUUGUGAUGGACAUUCGUCGGCAUGGUGAAAAAGAUUGGGCCAGAGACCGACCUUCCCUACCAUAUAAAAACCAUAAAACCGUCAAUCUCACCAGUAUGGAUAACACACUUGUAGGUUCUGCUGAAAAGUUCAUUAAUGCCAGCUCCUCAGAUAUAACUUCGUAUGAUUCGACGGAGAAGGUGUUGAAGACAAAUUUCUACAGACAUCCAGAUGAUAACAAAUCUAAAGCAGUAAAUGAAGGUCCCCCUCAUGAAUCCGUAAUAAGAAGAAACAAAGAAUCUGAACCAAUUUCUUUGAAAAACUUUAAAAGGCGAUCACAGUUUUUUGAACAGCAAGGCUCAUCAGGGUGUUCUUUCAGUUCAUUGGUCUACCUUUGUGGAGGGCCAGAGUCACCAAUACCUGAUAUUCAGGUCCCCUCUGUCAGCACAUCAGUGGCACGUUGGGCAUGGGAUCCAGAAGAAGAACGUAAACGUCAAGAGAAAUGGCAAAAGGAGCAAGAGCGUUUACUACAGGAAAAGUACAAACGUGAACAAGAAAAGCUAAAAGAAGAAUGGACACGUGCACAACAAGAAGCUGAACAAGAGGGUUCCAAAUAUUAUGAAGAGGAGCGUAAAAUACUAGAAGGGAGUUCCAAACUGUUGAACACACAUGCCCCUGCCUCGUCUUCGGGUAACUUAAUAAAUUCAUGGGAAUAUGCAAAACCAAGAAAUGAAUUGGAAAAUGUAAAUGAUGAAGCUAUUGAAGAACAAGAAGAAGAAACAGCCUGGCAAAUCCAAGAGAAGGAGGCUGCAUUGAGGCGGCAGAGGGAAAAAAAAGAGGCAGAAGAGAAGUUCAGACAGCAAGAAAAACAAAAUGCUGAGGAAAGGAGGAAGCAAGAAGAGGUAAUGGCCAUACAACGGCAAAAGCAGGAAGAGCAACACAGACGGGAAGAGGAGCAAGCACAGCAUGAGAGAGAGCAAAAACAGAUAGAAGAAAAGAGACGCCAAGAGGCAGCAGAAGAACGGCGCAGAGAAUUAGAAAGGCGAAAGCAACAACAAUACUUCCAGUGGACUGAUGAUUCCUAUGGAUUUACUAAAAUCCUCCCAGAAACAACAGAUUUUUCAACAGAAAGGGCAAAGUCAAAGUCAACUUCAGAACUUGAUGAUGUACAUGUAACAGAUGGCCCUGGAAUGAAUGCAAAGCCAGGGGGUUUGGCACAGUGGCUGCUAGAAGACGAAAUCCAGAGAAGGAAACAUUUUUUGAAAGAAAAGAUGGAAGCAGCUACAGAACUGGAAGCUGAAAGAAGGCAGAUACUAAAUCAGAUGAAAUAUGCUGACCCAGACAGAGGAAGAAACAAUGUUUCAAACAGUUACUCAAAUCAAGUAGAUACUUUAAAGAAAGAUCAGCUUGUUUCUCAAGCAGAGCAAGAAAGGCAAAAGAUCAUCCAAGAGAUGAAAAAGAAAAAUCAGCUUUUGACAGACAGCAGUUGGAUAAGACAACGUAGUGCCAGUGUUAAUAAAGAUGCAGCCACCCUGUCUGGCUCAAUGAGAAGAGGAGAGUCUCUUGAUCACCUGGAAUCCCCAAGAUCAAAAUCCUGGUAUCAAUCAUCUUGGCCUUCCAGCUCUGCCUCUUCAUUUUCAGUAGAUCCUCAUCCCUCCACUUCUUCAUUUUCCACUUCAAAUCACUCCUCCAUACACACUCCAUCUUCUAAGUUACCAUCUUCCUUCUCCACUGGUUCUAUUAAGAAUGCAUCCUGGGCUCAGACCUCUUCAGUAUCUCCCAAUUCUUCACAGCCAGCGGAGUCUCUCCCAAGUACUCCCCGCAGCCUAACCCAACAGCGCAGUAGGUCAGUCAGUGGGAAGAAAAUCUGUACAUUCUGUGAUAACCCUCUGGGCAAAGGAGCCGCUAUGAUCAUCGAGUCUUUGGGUCUGUUUUAUCAUUUGAAUUGUUUUAAGUGCAUCAACUGUUACUGCGAUCUUGGAGGAUCAGAAGCAGGAGCAGAAGUUAGAAUACGAAACAACCAGCUGUACUGCAACAACUGUUAUGUCAGAGUUAAAAGCGGACAUCCCACCAACAUGUGAGGAGAUUCCACAAAGCAUAGGUUCCUUGAGUCGGGUAGAGGAAGAGAUCUCUAAUGAUGAUGCAAAUGUGGAAAGAAAUGAAACUUAAAACUAUUGAUGUUUUUUGAAAAUAUUUUUUGCUGCAAGACUGUAAAUGUCCUUUUUGUUUUUGCAAAAGGGUGAGCUAGGUAAUGGGUGUGAUACUGAUGCAGUAAUAUCCCUACAUGCAUUCAGUUGUGUAAAGUCUAAGGGACCUGCAUGUAAAGUCAUGAACAUUUUAACAGACCUAAUGUACUUCAGACACAUUUGACACCGUUUAAAUCAUUAUUCAGAAUCUGCUGGUGGUAUCUUAGUUUUAAAGCCACAGUGCUUAAUAGUCGAUGUAUAUACAUAUAAGUGUGUGUGCAUACACAUACAGAUUCACAAUGAUAUAUGAAUUUGCCACUUUAUCUUGUGCCUCUUCAGUUUAACAUUUUCUAGAGACUUCUUAUAAUGAAUGUUAUAAAGUAUUUGGUUGCUGUUUAAAAUAUUUUGGGUAAUUGAAUGUGUUGGAAUGUGCCUUUGGAAAGAAGGUUUAGUUUGUACUUUUUGUGUAGGUGAAAGUUUAUAUUAUGUAAUAAGACAUACUGUAUUUAAAAAUUUGGCUUGAAUGGUUACAGAAUGCUUCUCAGCUUUUUCAUUGAACUGAACUUAAUGUAUUUCAUAAUAAAGAAAUAAAGUGCUUAGGGGAGAAUAUUGUUAACAGUAAAAAAAAAAUAAGAAAAGCACAUUGUGUGUUCAUAUGGUUUGUAAAUAAAAUCACCAAAAUGGAUUAAA